AUGAGCCUCCCGGGGUCGACAACCAUUACUCUACUCGCUAAUCCCGGAGACACUGGCGGAGACACCGGCAGUGGCGGAGAUACCGACAGUGGCGGCGACGUUGGCGGAGAAACAGGCAGUCUAGGUGGCGACUUCGGCAGCGAUCAGGGCGGUUCUGAGGGACCCCCUGGUGGCGACAAUGGGGAUACCGCCACUGGCGGAGAUACCGGCAGUGGCGGCAACAUUGGGGGAGGCGAGGAUGGCCCCCCACCGAUCGUCACCCGGCUCCCUGAAUCUCUCCGCGUAGUCAGGGACCAGUUCCUCUCAGUUUGCCCCACCACUCUCACCGUUGACCUCCUCGAGAAGGCCCUCCUAGCGAUAGAGAAGAGCAUAGUCGGUGUAGGAGCCUCUCGUGGUGACCCUCGCACCCCCGUCUUUAAGGGGUGUUCUCCCUCCCCCCUCUUGCCCUUUGUUGCCUCUGGUGCUGCGGCCGACCUCGUUGGUUUCGAGUCAGUCGGCGCUGCGUUUGCCCCGAGCGGGAGACGCCGCACCAGCAAGGGCAAGGGGGGCAAGGGCGCUCGAGGGGCUGGAGGGGGCGGUGGAGGUGGUAGUGGAGGCAGUGGACGGAGUGGGGGUGGUGGUGGGAGUGGUGCCGGGGGUGGCGGCGGCGGCAGCAGUGGAGGCGGCGGAGGCGGUGGAGGUGGCGGAGGGAGCGGAGGCGGCGGAGGUAGUGGAGGAGGCGGAGGUGGAGGAGGCGGCAGAGGCGGCGGAGGCGGCGGUGGUGGAGCGAUUCGCGACUCUGCGCAGAGGAAUGGCGCCGGUGGUGGUCAGCGCGAGCAGCAGCAGCGGAGUGGUGUGACCUUGUCCCCUCAGCAGCUUCGUGAGUGGUACACUGCGCGUCAGCAUGGUGGGGGUUUUGCUCCCUGCUCUUACGUCCUCCGUACCGGCGACCGCGCUGGUGAGCAGUGCGGAGGCCCGCACUCCACCCAGCGAUGCUUUGGUUGCCUAACAGACACGUGGCAUUGCCAGUUCCCUGAGGCGUCAGAGAUCCCUCGUUGGGGAGAUUUGGCUAAGGCCGGGGUUGCUAUCUUUGAUCUUGACUUUGAUGCUAUCCUUGCUGCCAUGUAUGCUGUUGAUACUAGUGUUGCUGGUGACUGUUACCUCUGUGUACCGCCUGACCCGGGCUUUGAGGCUUGUGCUCUAGGUACUGGUGAGGCUGCUGCUCUAGGUACUAGUGUGUCUGCCGCCCCAGGUGCUGGUGAGUCUGCUCUCUCAGGUACUACGUCGGCUCAGGCCUUCCACACCUUCACCCUGGACUCGAGUGCAUCCUGCUCCUUCUUUCGAGACCGCACCACUCUUACGCCGCUCAGCCGGCCGGUUGCAGUCUCCCUGGCAGACCCCUCUGGGGAUCCUGUCCUUGCUAGCUUCUCCACUGUCCUUCCAUGCCUGGCAGCCCCCUCUGGCACCCUGUCUUGUCUCUACCUCCCCUCGUUCUCUACGAACUUGGUGAGUGGAGCAGACCUACAGGAUCGAGGGGUUGACCAGUUCACUCCUACGAACCGUGGGCACAACAAGGGCCAGACCGUGGGCACAACAAGCACUGGAAAGGGCGGAAAGGCUGGGAAGGGCGGCAAGGGUGGGAAAGGAGGGAAGGGGGGCAAGGGUGGGAAGGGCGGGAAGGGUGGAAAGAAAUAA